CAGAGGGGUUCUGCCUUUCAUGAAUUCUCCGGAGGGACCAUGGCCUCACUGGUACCAGCACUGCGGCCUGCAGGUCUCCUUGACGCCCCCCUUCACUGUCGCAGACCCCAGCUUGACCUGCCUGUGCCAGUGGCCCUCAAAUCAACCUGUGCCUGUGACGUCCCUUCUGAUUAGCGGACUUGAUGUGAACCCAGAUGCCUGCUUGCCUGCUCUGCUGGACAUCCACAAGCUCCUAGAGGCCAUCGUCUGUCCCUCCAGCCCUACCUCCUGUGGCCAUGGAAUCUCCACUCAGCUGCUGGGCAGGGACCUUCAGUCACCCCUGUGCCCACCCUUUCCCUUGGCCUGGGCACUCCUCCUGCCAACUCCACUUCUGAGCUCUCACCCAGAGGGCCAUGCACCCUCCCCGUCCCGCUGCCUUGCAUGCCAUCUCCUGCGCCCAGUGCAAACCUCCUCCAGUGGUCUCCUGGCUCAUCAGCCUGUCAAAUGCAGGGCCAAGCUCACACACCUGCUACUUAUGAGCUUCAGUGGCUGCCUGCUGACCUCAGGGGAUCCGAGCUCCUCGGCACAGCAGCCGAGGUCCCCUAAGCUGGCCCCAGCACACCUGCCCAGCCACAGCAGACAGCGUCCUCAGUCACAAGAAGUCUGUGCUUCUGGAACCUAGAACCUGCAGGGUUUUGCAGACAGAGCUCCAUGCUACUUCCUCUGCCCUUCUCACUCCCUCUGAAACCCAUACUGCUCCCCCGUUACCAACUGUGCCCUCCUAAUUCUCAGCCACUCACCAGCCAUCCUUACUCUAUCAGCCACCUUCCUAAUUCCUUCGCUUCUAUGCCACCAAGGCCCCCAGGACGAGGCUGUGCUGUUCACCCGGAUGACCUCAGGACCCAGGAGUGUUCUCCCUGCAUAGCAGGUCCCCUCUGUGUGCUGUUAAUUCAAAGGCACUCAGGUUAGUCCUGAGUCAGGCCUGGAUGGGGAUGCAGGGCGUAAAGUUAGAAAAGAAGUAUCUGGGGCCGGGUAUGGUGGCUCACGCCUAUCAUCUUAGCACUCUGGAAGGCUGAGGAUGGAAAAUCAC